AUGGGAAUUCUCGCCACUUCGACGACAAACGACUCUAUCAUUAGACCAGCGGGAUUUUACAUUGUCGGAUUUACAUCUUUAAAGUUUUCUGAUUUAUAUUUCAUUUUCCUUGCAGUCGUUUAUAUUGUAACGGUUUUGUCCAACUCCGUUAUCCUAUUUGUUAUAUUGACAAAUCAUGCCCUACACACACCAAAGUACCUUGCUGUCGCUAAUCUGGCGAUCGUCGACUUGAUCUUCAGCACAGCCUUUAUUCCUGGUAUGAUCAAGAUAUUUCUUGUGAAAGAUAACUUCAUGCCCUACAAUGCAUGCUUGACACAGAUGUUUUUUUAUUUGUCCUUUCUCAUUUUAGAGUCCUCUUCACUCAGUGUCCUUGCCUAUGACAGGUUCAUUGCGAUAUGUUUCCCACUGAGACAAAGCUCUAUCAACACAAUCACCGUCAUGAUCUCUAUUUUAGUCACUGUUUGGUCAUUUUGUGUAAGUGUUGGAUUCUACUUGGUCAUAAUGAUGACCAGACUGUCUUUCUGUAAUUCACUCAUUGUGGAGAGCCACUUUUGUGACUACGGUCACAUUUUCAAACUUGCUUGCAAUAACACUUUCCAGUGGUCCACUGUCCCUAUGCUGUUGCUUACUGUUGUGUUUGGGAACUUUAGUUUAACCGGCAUGUCGUAUGUUUGUAUUUUGACAGCCGUGUUUAGAAUGAAAAGUGUGGACAGCAGGCACAAAGCACUUGUGACCUGCGCUGAACAUGCCAUUCUCGUGGCAGUUUUCUAUGGGCCGUUUUUGACAGUUAUCCUUGUUGACCUUAUUUUAUUCAGCAAGAACAGGGAUGCCAUUACUUUGACCUUGUCCUUAGCAUCAUCCAUACCGCCCUGUGUGAACCCCAUUGUGUAUUCCCUGGCAACCAAAGAAAUCAAGAACAGAAUACUGUCUAUGUUCCAGAAAGUCAAAGUAGCAGAGUGGGCAGGGCUGGGGUAG